AUGGGCGCCGCCACACCGCAUCCCUCUCAGAGACGCUUCUCCUGUGACGUCUGCAGGAAGAGCAAGUCGCGAUGUCAGCGGAUAAGACCUACCGAUGAGAAAUGUGCACGAUGUUCGAUGCUGGGCGUCAAGUGCGAGAUAGGACAGCAAAAGGUCCCAGGGCGACCGCGGCGGAAACAAGCUGGGAAGGGCUCACCACCGCCUGUUCAGCAAUUGCCUGCCAGUCAAACAGUCUCUCCGAGUGCUGUGCCGCAAAAUGCUGCUUUUGUGGAUGAUUGGAGUCCGUUUGACUGGACGGGCAUGUUAUCGCCGAAGCCCUCUCCUCCUCGUAUGCCUACUGCUGCGAUACAAGAUGGGAUUGCGGCAUCGUGGGGUAUGGGAUUCACAGACAUCUUUGACCAGUCAAGCACGUCUUGGAAUACAGGCGGUGAUCUCGAAUACACAAAUACUCCGUUAUACACCGACCUCGACACCAUCACGAACAUAUACCCAAUCGGCAUGUCUCCAAACUCCACCGUCACAUACGAGACCUUCUUCCCCUUGACCAACUGCCUCACAACACAUCACCCGCGCAAAGUAGACCCUGGAGAGUUCAUUUCCGACCUAUCCACGAUAAACCUCGGUCUUCACGUCCGUCUCGAAGCAAUAAAGGCGACCAAAGCAUCGCUGGACUUUGAUGCUAUGAUCUAUCCACACGGCCCGUUGUUUAUCGACAACAUCACAUUGGCUGAAUACGUCAUCAAAGUCGCCCAAGAGUUUCUGUUCAUCUUGACAAAACUCUACAAUACCCGACAUUGUCCUGAGCUACUAUGCGACUCACAGCCGAUGGAGUUGGUCCGUCCAUGCCAGCCAUCAUCAGAACUGCGCAGGCAGUCAAAGAACCUAUUCCACGUCUCGCUUCCUCAACCUACCAUUACCUCAGAACCACUGUCCGCCCCAAUUUCGUUGAUGAUCACGAGCAUCUUCGUCCAGCUCAUCACUAUCUACGAGCUCAUCCUGGAUAAUGUUGCCACACGAGUCGAGCGAAUCGCCAUCGAUCCUUUGGACCCUAUUCCAGGUCUUAUAGUCUGCGGCCGACCCCUCGAGAGACCUUGCACGCAGGGCAUGAUCUUCUGUGAAGUGUCGGUCAGUCUGAUUGAGAACACGGAGCGUGUGUUGGGUGUUGGGAUAAAGCAAGAGGCCAAAGAGGUCGGUUUGUUGUCGCCUAGACAGGUCGAGGUUCUUGGAAAUGAGCUGAAUGAAAGAUGUCGCGUUAUCCCUGAUCAUGCUAUGAUGACGCCUGCUAUGUUACGGAAGCUCCUUGGAAAGGUUGCAGAUAUCUUUAGAAGUAUCAGAGUCUAG